AUGGGGAAGCCUUUGAAGAAGAAAUUGAGAAAGGUGGAACAAAGUGACAGUGGUUCUGAUUUUGAAAGCUACAUGGAAAAUCAAAUGUUUCCUGAUACUGUUAGNNNNAUGUUUCCUGAUACUAUGAAUAAUUUCAAGGAAGAUGAAAAAGAUGACUGUAGUGAUGAUUAUGAUAAUAAAAACAAGGACGAAUAUAAUAACGACGGUGAUGAUGACCAUGGGAACCAUGAUGAGGAUACUGAUGUUGAGAGCGAGAAUGAUGAUGAUGAUGAGGAGGAGGAGGAGGAGGAGGAGGAGGAGGAGGAGGGAGGAGGGUCGGAGAAUGACAAUGAUGAUGAACAGAAGGGUGCUGAGAUGGAAGAGCUCGAGAAAGAAUAUAAGAAACUUCAAAAUGAGGAGCAAGAUCUUUUGAGAAAUCUAAAGGGCCAUAAGGACGAGGAUAUUCAAAAAGGUCAAGCAGUAAAAAAUCAAAGGGCUCUUUGGGACAAAACGCUCGAAUUCAGAUUCUUGCUGCAAAAAGCAUUCUCUAGUUCUAACAGACUUCCACAGGAACCAGUUAGGUCCUUAUUCUAUGAUUCUGAUAACGGAGCUAGUGAAGCAUACUCUGAUCUAAUCACUUCCUCAAAAAAGACCUUGGAUUCCAUACUGGAGUUACAACAGGCGCUGGUUGAGAAUAAUCCUUCAAUUGCCCAAUCUGUAGAUGCUAAUUCAGUAAAAGAUUCCCAGCAAUCAGUAGCUUCUGGGAACUUAAAUGGAGAUGUUGAUGAAGAAUGGUUACACAUUUCACAAAUGCAUACGAGAAUGGCAUCUUUUAGAAACAAAUCGAUUGAUAAAUGGCAGAGGAAGACACAAGUCACAACUGGUGCUGCUGCUAUUAAAGGCAAAUUGCAUGCCUUUAAUCAGAAUAUUAGUGAACAAGUGGCUGCUUACAUGAGAGAUCCAAGAUUGGAGGCAUGUGGAAUGUCGGUUGGACAGGGCUUUAGUGAUCGACUCCUGUACGGGCAUGUGGCAUGCCAUAGUUUGCUUAGUUUUCCAAGAAUCGAAUUUCAUCAUAACCCAAUUCUAUUAUCGUAUGUUACUUCAGUUUGUUAUAUAAUCAUGUGCCACAGAAAGGCAGGAGAGAGUAGUACGAGGACCACCAAAAACAUCGUUAAAGUCUUCAAUGUCCAAAAGAGUAUUGUUGGAGCUGGAGUUUCUCAAUUUUGUCGAUGGUUCGCAGCAAAGGAGUGCGAGACGGCAAGCACCGUUGUGCGCGAUCUCUGUUUUUCAUCUUCUGUUUUUGUUCCUCUGUUGUUCACAGUUGAUGGUGCACAAGAGGAUGGUGGUUCGUUGACCUGGCGACAUCUUUACGCGCAGCGGACUGUCACCAUAGCUACAAGCAGCAUGGAACAACUGCGAUCUCCAUCCAGCGUCGCUCGACCCAAUAUAAAUCUCCACCCCAGCGAUGUUGUUCGACUUAGUUUUAAUCUUAGUGUUGCGGACUAG